CGAAAAGACAUCUUGAAAAAGAUGCUGAUUGCCCGUGCUUGCUCUUUUAGAACGCUCUAGCUGAAGCACACAGUAUAAGGUGCAGGGAUGAAUGUUGCACUAUCCUGUGCCAGCGCACUGUCCCAUCCACCGCUGAAUGUGCCUUCCCACCAGCGAGAGAGAUCCGAGCUGCAGCCACCGGAACAAAAACAAUAAAAGCAAUAAAAAUUGCUGUUGUUGGAGAUCACUCCAAGCAGGUGGAGUAUCAUAGUGUAUCUAUGACACCCAGUGUUUUCCAGCCAAAUGUCUCAGUCACAGCACCAGCCGGUGGUUCGGUCAUCCUGGAAUGCUACACCACUGCUGAUCUGGUUGUGACCUGGGUUUGGCUUAAACAAAUCCCAGGACAAACGUUAAACACUAUAGCUUCCACAUAUUACAAGAAGAUAAAACUUCAAGAAGGAUUUGUUAAUGAAUCACGGUUUGAAGUGAAAGUUGAUGUCAAGAAAUCUGCAUUAAUUUUCACCAAGAUUACAUCCAGAGAUGCCGCUUAUUACCAUUGUGGUGUGCUGUUAUAUGAGACGUUGUACUUUGGAGGGGGAUCUUAUCUAACAGUUAAUGAUGCAAAGCCAAUUAAAGUCAUCCAGCAGCCUAUUUUGGAAACACAUCAUUUAGGAGACUCUGUGACUCUUCAUUGCUCAGUCUUUGGUGAGACUUGCUCAGGAGGGCAAAGCGUGUACUGGCUUAAAUACGAACCAAGAGAGUCUCAUUCAGGAUUCAUUUACACCGAUGGAGACAGAAAAGAUCAGUGUGAGAAGAUCUCUGUGUCUGGAUCGACUGUACAGAACUGCGUGCACAAAGUACCCAAAAGCCUCGCCAGUGAUGAAACUUACUUUUGCAGUGUGUUCACAUGUGGAAACCUAAUCAUUGGAAAUGGAACUAAACUCACAGCUGAUGGUGUUGGCGUGGCCCAAUCUACAGUUCAGACUGCUGACAGAGACUCAGAAAAUUAUGCAUCGCUGAAGUUUUCUUCACACCAGCCUACAUGUAAAAUAAAAAGCCACAAAGAGGUACAUUUUGUGGUCUAUGCAUCUGUCUGUCAAACAAGAAGUGUUAAAUAAGGAUUUCCUCAUUCUUAAUGCUUGUCAUGUUGUAACUGUGUGAAUAAGAUUGACUUUUAGACUAUUUUGUUUGUAAAUUAUUUAA